AUGACCACGUUAAGAAUAAUUAUGGAUCGUCUUUUCCUGGCUGUGUUUCUAUGCAUCAGCUUGAUGCCGCUUGUUUUCAGCGCCGAAUGGACGUAUGGCAAAGAUGGCCUUAAAAAUUGGCCUGAAUUAUGCUUAAAUGGAAAAAGUCAAUCUCCUAUCAACAUAGAAGUGGCUAAAACAAAAUAUACAAAGAUGGACCCUUUUAAGCUCACCAACUACGACAUGAAGCCGACAGACAACAACUAUACCCUCAUAAACAACGGCCAUACUCUGCAAGUUGGAUUUCCUGAGAAAUUUUUUAACGUUAGCGGUGGGGGACUGACAGGAGUUUACACCACUGUGCAGGCUCACCUUCACUGGGGAUCAGAUGACAAACAGGGAUCUGAACACACAAUGAACGGAAAAAAAUACCCUGCUGAGAUACACUUUGUCAGCUACAACACCAAAUAUCCAAACAUAAGUACUGCAGCUGUCAAAUCAGACGGUCUUGCAGUCCUCGGUGUGUUCAUUGAGGUUGGAAGUGAAGAUAACUCAGCAUACGAAUUUCUGAAAUAUGCCAAGAAUGUCAUAAAAAAAUCGAGCAUGAAAAUUAAGCCAUUCGAGCUGAAACCGAUGUUGCCACCACUUGUAAAGUUUUUCCGUUACAGUGGCUCCUUAACCACUCCCGGGUGUUUCGAGAGUGUCACCUGGACGGUCUUCGAAGAGAGCGUCAAAAUAUCACAGACUCAGAUGGAAUAUCUGCGCAUGCUCGAGUUCACAGACAAUACAACGAUGGUUAACAAUUACCGCCCAGUUCAGCCUCUCUACGACCGCAAAGUUAAAUAUAGGUUCAACGAAACGACUGAAGACACUGCUGCUCCAACAACAAUUUCUGGUGCAGGCAUUAUUGACAUAAGCGUUGGUCUGUUCUCACUGAUGUUGUUGACCGCCCUGUUUGGUCGUUAACUUUCCACGUCGCUCUGAUGUAAUUUUGAUUUUUUUUAAAUUGUUUUUGCAAGUUUUAUUAUUAUCACUAUUGUUUUAGGCAGUAGUUGGUACACUUAAUGUGCUUUUGCUAAUGUAAUGUGAUUUUCUCGGUAUUGGGAAAAAGCAAUUAGUUGGGUAAGAGAUGAUUUGUACCUUUCAAACUUUUAACUUUGCCCAAUAUCUGUAAACUAAUUUGAAAGAGAUGACGUCGAUAGACCCAAUUUAUACAGACUUAUCUACUCGCUUAGUUCAUUUUUCCAUUCAAGGAUAAUAUGGACAAAUGAAAAGAUUCUAUUUUUUAUUCCUUCACCUGGUGUUUUAGUGCGACGUUUUUUGCGUGCUUUUUUAAUGUUGUAGUUCUGUCACAAUGCUUGUAAGAAGAUAAUUUAGACUUUGAGUAAAGAUUUUGUUGCACGCACAAGAUGUUGACGUUGUGUUAUCUAAGUGGUGCUUGAGUAGAGUGGGUCAGUGAUGGCAAAGAAAUCAUGGUGAAUCAAAAGAUUUUAGAAGCAGUGAUAGCUCUUCGUGUGUUUUGAGACUACUUGUAUUUAGAGCCGUCCUUGCAAAAUAUAAACGUGAGAUAACAAUA